AUGAUCUGCAUCGGCAUCCCCGUCUGCCGGCCGCUUUACAAGCAGUACUUGGAUAGAUUGACCUCGUCAGAUACCGGUCAAUACCAUGAACGCAGUCACGGCGGCUCAUACGGUUUGAGAACAUUCGGUGGGACAAGUAUGCGACCUGGACUGGGCAGGGACGAGGCAUCGGAUGGGGUCGACUCCGUCACAAAGGCGGAACGAAAGACUGGGCUUGGCGGUCGUUUUUCGAGACCUUACUCCGUGGGCUCAAAGCCUAGUUCCAACGAGGUUAAAUGA